AUGGGUCCAGUUUCAAAGAGUAAUCACCUCACAGCCUUAUAUAAGAGAGAAGAGACCAUCAAUGUUUGGGAAGAUGGUUACAUCCAGAGCCCUCGUUUCCCACACAAUUAUCCUAGGAAUCUGUUGCUGACAUGGAGGCUACGUUCACUAGGAAAUGCUAGAAUACAGCUGGUGUUCGAUCAUCAGUUUGGACUGGAGGAGCCAGAGAAUGAUAUCUGCAGAUAUGACUUUGUAGAAGUGGAGGAUAUUUCCGAAAUUAGCACCCUCAUCCGAGGACGAUGGUGUGGAUAUAAAGAAGCUCCUCCCAAAAUAACAUCAAAGACAAACCAGCUGAAGAUCACCUUCAAAUCAGAUGACUUCUUUGUGGCUAAACCAGGAUUCAGGAUUUAUUAUUCCCUGGUGGAUGAUCUUCAGCCUGUUGCAUCUGAAACCAACUGGGAAUCAGUCACAAGCCCGGUCUUGGGCAUUUCCUAUCGCUCUCCAUCAGUGACUGACCCCACUCUUACUGUGGAAGCCCUAGAUCAAACCAUUGCUGGAUUUGAUACUGUGGAAGAACUGCUCAAGCACUUUAAUCCAGAUACGUGGCAAGAAGACCUUGAUCUCCUGUACACAGAGACUGCCCCACCUCGAGGCAGAAGUUUCUAUGAAAGGAAGUCGAAAGUUGAUUUAGACAGGCUGAACGAUGAGGCAAAACGUUACAGCUGCACUCCAAGGAAUUACUCGGUCAACGUUCGGGAGGAGCUGAAGCAUACCCAUGCGGUUUUCUUUCCUCGCUGUCUCCUUGUCCAGCGCUGUGGAGGAAACUGUGGUUGCGGCUCUACACACGGGAAAUGUGCUUGCACAGCAGGAAAACUGGUGAAGAAGUAUCACGAGGUGCUGAGAUUUAUCCCUGAAGCAGGUCAUCUCAGGAGGAGGGGCAGAACCAAGAACAAUAUGGCACUGAUUGAUAUUCAAUUGGAGCACCAUGAACGUUGCGACUGUGUCUGCAGUGCAAGGCCACCGCGAUAAAAGCAGAGAACCUGGUUUUAUUCGCAACUUAAAGGACCUCUUUCUCUUGAAGAAGGAGCUGUCCAUGCUGAUUUGCCCAGUGACCACCGAACUUUGCUAAAAGCCUGCAUCCAUAGCCUUUUGAUUUAAAGUGCUAAGUGCCAUGACAGCUUACCAUUAAUAAAGCAGAUUGACAACUCUGAAUGCAAAUCUGGGAUUAAGUGUUAGAAAACAAGUGAACUCAAGGGCUGGAUUUUUCAUGCCUACAAUGAAAUCUACCUGCAUGAUGGCAGCACUCUUUUGGCUGAAUUCUUAGUUGGCUUUUAAAAUUCUUCAUGCGUGCAUGUACUCACAAUACCUUUGCACAAAAUUCUUUGCACAAACACACUUAAGCACACUUACAGUGUAAAUUAAGGAAAAAGGAAUCCUGUAUAUGCAAAAUGGCUAAUUCAGUUUAUAUAGAACCACCAAAGUCCAACAAAUACAGGUGUAUUAGGUUUACAGAACCCUGGUGCUGCAAUAGAAUUAAAAGACUGCAUCUAGCAAUACAGGCAUUCAUACCUAGAUAUAUGCAUUACAGCAGAGCACAGCAAGCAAGCUUGUAUAUUAAGCAAGGUGGAUCCUGGUGUGCUAGGAUCCAUUUAUAAUCUGCUUAUUUGCAUAGAUUUAUGAAUUACUCUUCCCAGAACUGGGCUUGUUUCCUCAAAGCACAAGUUCCAAAAUACCACACUGAUAUUCAUUCAAAUGAUCAGCUUUUAUUGGUGUGCAAAGUUGUCACCAAACAUUUUAGAAUAUAGUUAGAAUAGGGUCAAUCUAUUCUCAAGAGCCAUACUACUUUUCAGGCAGUGGUCUAAAGAUAAGCAUACUUCCCAUUUUAGAGUUUCAGAAGAACUUCCUAGAAUUGUUGCUGUCUAGAUCAGAAAGAUUCUUCCCCAGCCCUGUAAAUAGAUGCAUCUUUUGGGCUUUAGCAACUUUUCCAAGCUGGUUCCUUCCAGAUGUGUUGGAAUCAAACUAAGAAUUCUGGGAGUAGUCCAACACAUAUGGAGGACCUCAAGUUGGAGGAGAAGAGCUGGAUUUGUGCUGAAAGGAAGUAUUAUAUCCACUCAACUAAUUCACAAGCUCUUCACAUCUGGAUUCCAUGUCAAUCUGGUUUAGACAAGCCAUGUAGUGUGCACAUUUUUUUCAAAUUACAUAGUUUGAGUUCAAAAUGGUCUGUUCCAUCCUACAGGACUGUUUCAAACUGAGAAUGUUUGUAGUAUAUUUGGAAUAGCUUGCUGUGAAUCUGGAAUAACCAAUUUCAAGUUCAAAACAUAUUUCAAAUCAACAUUUUGCCCACUCCUAGCAAGAACACGGAACUCUAGGCAUAAAGAAGCAAGCUAUCUAAUUAAAAAUCCUAUGUUCCUAGUAAAAUGUAUCUGGUGUAGUGAUAACUACCAGCAGAUCCAGAAGUUGGAUCUGUGAUUUCUGCUUUUCUCCCCAUCUCUCCCAUUUUAUAUAAUAUUUUAUCCGCUUGUGUGUUUAAACUGGUUCACAUGAAAGUAGUUCUAAAUAACAAAGCUUGGCAUUUAUAUGACAUAACCUUCCCCCCAAACUGGUUUCCUGUAGCUGCCUUGGGUUGUAAUAUCUAGCCUGCUUUUAGUCCAUGAACUAUAGGCCAAACUGUCGAAAAUAGCUGGGGAUAAUAGGAAUAGGAACUGUAGUCAAGAAAAACUGUAGAUCGAAGACUAGUAUAUCGCUCUCAAGAGUUCAAAGUGCUUCAUAUGCUUUUUAUAAAGCUGUGCAAAGCUUCAAGUGUGAAGUCAAUAAGAUGCUUCAAACACAUGAGGAUACAAACAUGUGCUUGGCAUCUUUUUGCUUUCAAAUUGGAAGCUCUGCACAAUAUUAUUUAGCUGCAAUCUUUACAAUAACUGGUAAAUCAAUAUUUUUAUACUUCAAAUGCAGGACCAUGGCCGAAACAGCACUUUCACAACAAAGAUGAGAUCCAAAUCUCUUCUAGUUGACUUCUAGUUAUGGCUUCUGAAGAGCAGAUUUAAAGAUCAGUAUAAUUUUAAGUACAUAGAGAAUGCAAUAUUCUUCAUAUUACACAAAGUAAUAUUACUUAACUGCUAUCAGUAGUUGCCAUGGCUAACUGUAAUCUGGGACUUAAAAAAAAAUAAUCGGAAUUGUAUUUUGAAUAGAUAAUUUAAUGCCUUGAGCCUUACUUGGUUUUGCAAAACAAAUGUUUAUUGGGUUUAUACAAUAUUAAUAAUAUUCAUUUAGUUCCUGGCUGUUGAUAAAGGAUUUAAGAAGCUACAGGAUAGAGAGUUUCCUGUGGUUUUGAACCUUUAAUAGGAAAGUUCCUUGACUGACAAUAUUUUCCAAUUACUCUGUAUGAGUGUGUGUAUUCUGUAUUUGUUAAGUGCACACACAUACUAACUCAUUUCUCAUGUAAGCUGUCCAGUGAAAAAUGUAGGGCAGUUUAUAGACAAAAGAGAAUUGAACGUUUGAUUUUAAAUGUAAUGGAGACAAUAGGCUUCUAUUGAUAAGGAUUUAUAUUUAAAAGGAGUCUGGAGCUACAUUUUAUUUUUGUAUGUUGCUUUCUGAUUCCUUGCUUUAAGGAAGAAAAAUGGUUUUCAAUAGCAUUUCAUAUAUAAAACUAAAAUUGGCUUGUUAUCAGAUAAUAUUGUGAAUUUCUAAACCACUACUGUUCUGCUAUCAUGUAUCCUCUAAGUUGGUUCCUUUUACCAAGCUGAAUGUUUUAUCUGCUCCCUUGUUUACUUCAUCAAAUUCUUUCUGGAAUACAGUUUAAAUAUUGAAGAAGUUACCACUUCUUAUUGUAAUGAAACACUUGAGAAUAUAAAUAUUUCUUCUGUGUUUUUGUUUUCCUUUAUUUUUAUGAGUUCUAAUUGUCUCUGAACUUUUUGAGGCACUUAAUUCAUUUUCUAAAUCUUAUUUUAAAUGAAUAGUUAUUAAGCCAAAGAUGUAUUAAGCCUUAUUGUUUUAAAAAUAUAUUUCCCCAAUUCCUUGAUCAACAUUUCCCAUAAUUCCAUAUGAAUACUGGGAAAGUAGCAUAUUGAACUGGUUCCUUUAUCAUCUGUAAUGGACAUUAUUAACUAAACCGUAGUCCCAUUAACCACUACUGGUGCUUUUUGACACUUUGCUUCAAAGAAAGAUAAUGAUGGAAUUGCCAAUUUUAUAGCAUAAAUGUUCUGUAAAUAAAUGAAAAGCAGACCAAAUAUUACAACCUAGUCCUUAAUUAAUUACUGUCUUUCAGUUACAUUUCUGGGUAACUUCAGCAGGAUGACAUUGGUCUAGUAGACCAGUCAUGUGGUAGAAUGCGCUGAGUCUACUUCAUUUGUACAUUCUGUAAUUAAUGAUUAAUACUCCAACUUUUCUUUGGGUCAGUCAUUUCUUUCUUAUCCUAACUAAGGCAUGUUUUGGACAAAAGAGAGAAAGGGGGAGAAUUCAAUCCAUUGACAGUUUGUAUGUCUUUGCCCCCUGGAAGUCAGAACAGUGUGGCAGUUUUGAUGCCGUUCACAGCAGAUGGAGCAAGCCAUUUACUCCCAAGCAAAUCAGAGAAACAUGAUUGCCAACUGCAUGGGUGUCCAAGGGGAGGACAAAUGACAAAAUAUGCAUUGCAAUUUCACAACACAAACUCUAGCCUUUUUAUGAUGUUGAACACAUAAAUGUAAAGGGCACAGUUAGUGUCAUGAUAUCACUGCAUGUUUCAUUAUUCUGAUGAAAACUCCAAAUUCGGUUGAUGCUUUGGGUCAAUUGAUUGGCCAUAUGAAAACACUUCCUAAAAAUCUUGCAAUAUUACAUAUACAAAGCAAAUAAGAUGUUUAAAAUUAACAGGAAAAGGGGGAAAACAGCCAAUGGAAGACUAAUUACUGGUGGAGAAGAAAGCAUUGAUAUUUUAUGAAUGUGACCUGUCAGCAAAAAAUAAAUAAAUUUCAGAGAGAUAUGGCAGGUUAUAAUUAUCAUUGUCACAACCACCACAAGAAGGAAUUGUGAUUAUAUAAAUAUGUAUAUAUGAGCUUCAUCACAGAAAUUCUUCCUGUGUUCCAGGACACUACACUGGAGCUAGCAUUUGAACAGACCCACACCCUUAGGGGAGCCAAGACUCAUUCAUGUGAAUCAUGAUGACUUAAAUAAGCAAAGGUAAUACAAGCAAAAUGCACAAUAUUGGUUCCUCCAAAUUCUGUCUCUUGGGUCCACAUAUUCUGUCCAUAUUAGCAUCGGCUACAGUGCUCAUGUAUGGUGAUUCAUGUAAGUUGGGUGAGUCUCUGUAUGGACACAGAACACCUACAAAGAUCUAGAUAUUCCAAAGGUAUCAGCACACCAUGGAGUCCUUGCUCAGAAAAUAGGCACCCCCUUGCCUUUCUACUAUGCCAUUUGUAUCAUAUUGUUUUAGAGGAUUGCACUAUCAGAAAAGCAAUCUUGUGGUUUAUAUCAAAUUGAUAACCCAGACUGAGAGCCUAGGAAUGAAAACGGAUGAUCCCCCUGAAAAUUAUUUGUCAUAUGUUUUCAACACAAUCCUCUAGAAAGUCCUCCUUCACCCAGUUGGAGCUGUAUAAAAGCAAAGUAAACAAUGCAGCGUGUACCGAGAUUAUGAAGUAUUCUAUCUCCCUCUGUGUGUAUGUGUCUUUCUUUUAUUUGAUAUCAGAUCUCUUGUACAAAUACAAUUUUCAAGGCUUCUGGAAAUAUGGUUGAAGGAAAAAAAAUCACUGUAAACUUUUAAGAUCAAACUUGCUACCUUGUGCAAUUUAUAUAUGUAUUGUUGUUUUUGUUGUUAUUGUAUCCCUAAAAUGCUGCCUUUUAUAGAGUGAACACUUUAGUAGUACAGCACAUAUAAUUGUGUUUUACAGUCAACUACAAAUAAACAAGCUUUUGAAGGAA